CAAGUUAGUAAAUAAGCUAGCUCUUAGGUUACGAGUGUUUAUCAAUUUAUUUGCUUGUGAAUCUGGUUGAAGAAUGAAGCGGUUAGAAUUUCACGUGGCGGACUACGUUGUUAUGCUAUUUUUCUUAGCAAUAUCUUCUGCAAUAGGUAUUUAUUAUGGCUUUUUUAAAAAACAAAGGACUACAGAGGAAUAUAUUCUUGGUAACAGACAAAUACAUCUUGUUCCUGUUGCUCUGUCUUUGGCAGUUACCUUCCAAUCUGCAUCAUCUAUCAUUGGACUACCAAGUGAAGUAUAUUUAUAUAACAUUAUGGUGUUCUAUAUAACAUUUGGAAUUUCACUGGCGAAUAUCGUGCAGGCAUUUGUCAUUGUACCGUUGAUACAUCCGUUAAGAUUGACCAGCGCUUAUGAGUAUCUAUUGCGCCGUUUCAAGUCUAGAGGGGUCCAGCUGCUUGGCAUGACCAUGGGUAUGCUGCAAACGCUUCUUUAUGUUAGUGUUGUGCUGUAUUCUCCAGCUCUAGCACUUGAAGCAGUUGCAGGGAUUCCAAUCUGGUUAUCGGUGGUAUUAAUAGGAUGUAUAGGAACUGUUUAUACAUCCAUUGGUGGUAUGCGAACAGUGAUAUGGACGGACGUUUUCCAGUUUGUGAUGCUGUAUGGCGGUAUAACUGUCAUACUCGUGCUUGGCGUGUCUAAGAUAGGGAGUUUCUCGAAUGUGUAUGAGCUGUCAUUGAAAGGCGAUCGCCUGAAAUUUGAUGAGAUUAAUCCCGACCCUCGGAUCCGUCAUUCUGUGUGGGGAUGUGUUAUAGGUGGUAUGUUUAAUUGGCUGCCUAACUGUUGUAACCAAUCUGCAAUACAAAGGAUAUCCUCUGUACAAACAAAGAAGCAUGCUCGAAUUGCUACACUACUGAACAUUCCGCUUGAUUUUAUAUUUACAUCUAUCCUGAUUCUGACUGGACUUGUUUUGUACGCCUACUUUGUUACACAAGCUUGCGAUCCGUUGGAAAGUGACAAAAUAUCAAAUCCAAAUCAGUUGAUGAUAUAUUUCGUCGCGAAUGUAUUUAGUGGGGUUCCAGGACUUGCUGGCAUAUUUCUUGCUACAUUAUUCAGUGGAGCUCUAAGCUCCCUAUCUUCUGGUAUAAACUCUAUGGCUACCAACACUUUUCAAGAUAUUCUGGGAAAUGCUUUAAAAGACGGAUGGCAAAGCAAAAAGACGUUAAUUUUGAAACUAUUGUCGUUGGUAUAUGGAAUACUGGCUGUGAUCUUGGCAUAUCUAUCUAAAUAUUUAACAGGACCAGUUACACAGGUACGACUAGGAUCACAAUUAAUAAAUAAUAUGAAGGAGUUUCCUUCAUCUUGCCAGUGUAUACAUAAG